GAUCUCAUGACGUCGGUGUCGGCGUGGCUGGUCCCAUUACGGAGGUUACACGGUGAACUAGAAACAUGGACGCUCUACAUCUUCUGGGUACUCUCAUACUGGCCUGGCACUGGAGUUCGAAUCCCAUUCAAGGUCACGAGAAACCCGACGACGUCUUGCAUGAAAUCGACAACGAGUCGCACCUGUAUUUCCACAUCCUAGACACCCACAACUACGUGAGGCACGUCAGACCUGCAGCCGGCAUCAAUGAUACACUCGUCGUCACCGUUGACGUCACGCUCACCGGGGUGCAGGGGUUGGACGAAAGCACGCAAGAAUUAUCGUCGACCGUUUUACUGGUAGCUUUUUGGAACGACCCUCGUCUCAAGUGGGAUCCAGCAGAGUAUGGCGGAUUACAAAGCGUCAUGUUCCCCUCCAGCGAAAUGUGGACUCCCGACCUGAGAUUACUGCAUACACAAUACGGAAACUUUGAGCACAUUUUAAAAGAGCCUGCGCGAGUCAUGUACGACGGUUCUGUGGCGUGGGCGUCUCACCUGAAAAUCAGCAGCCACUGCCCCGUGGACAUCUCGGAUUUCCCGUUCGACGCUCAUGUCUGCAAAGUCCUUCUGGCGGCGGGAAGCUACACGUCACAGCAGAUCCACCUCCAGUUCCUCAACUCUGGCAGACACCAGGACGACGACGGCUCAGGCCGCACGACGACGGUGUGCAGCGUCUGGGACCUCGUGUCGAAGAACAUCGAUGGCCACGUGGGCCGUAUCCUGCACCCCGAGAUCUUCGAGUACAUCGCGAUUAGCGUGGGGCUCCAGCGGAAGUCCAAUUUCUAUCACUGCGUUGUCACUGGCCCCGCCGUUCUCGUCGGUUUGCUGGUUCCCGUGGUAUUCCUGUUGCCAGCGGAGACUACAGGGAAAACCAGUCUAGGAGUGUGUAUACUUCUCACCUUGUCAGUGUGCCUCAAGAUGUUUGUCGAUGUUCUAGGAACCAAUCGAUCGUCUGCUCCCAGAAUUGCUAUAUUUUACGUCACAACGAUGGCCCUUACUAGCAUCAGCGUCAUCAUGGCGGCUGUAGUGACGUCAACAGCUAGACGUGGACACAGAAAACGAAUCCCUGAUUGGCUAAAUGCGGUGUUCCUUGGCCGGUGCGGACUCCGACGAUGGCUGUGUAUGGAGUCCUACUCACAUAUCAUCCAAAGUUCUCCGUUCGCCGCCAUGAAGAACACUGCGGACUUUCACGAACACGACUCGGACGUGUCCGCUCUCAAAGAUGGCGAUGGCGACUUGAAAGAAGUAUCCAAGAACCUGCGCAUGCUCGUGGGGAAAUAUUCGGCGGAAGAAGCCCUGCGAUACACGGACAAUGAGUGGCACGAGAUAGCCCUGGUGACGGACCGGCUUCUAUUUGUCGUGUUUGUCAUACUGUUCAUGAUCACCACCCUAGCGUUGCUCAGCUAAAGAACAUAGUUUCAUUGUAACCUGUAUAGACUCCCACACUGAACGCUAAAUAGAUUUAAUUUGGACACUGUAGACUUCCAAACAGGAUAUAGACUUUUAAAUUGGAGACUGUAGAUUCCGAAUCGGACACAUUAGACCUCCAAAUUGGAUACUAUAGACGUUUAAACUGAACACUAUAGAUUCCAAAUCGGACACAAUAGAUAUCCAAAUUGGAUGAUAUAGACUUUUAAACUGGAUACCAUAGAUUUCCAAAUCCGACACUAUACACUUCCAAAUUGGUUGCUAUAAACUUUUAAAUUGGAUACUAUAGAUUUCCAAAUCGGGCACUAUAAACUUUGAAAUUGGACAAUAGCUUUUUAAAUUGGACAUUAUAGAUUUUGAAACGUGACAUCAUAGGCUUCAGGCUGGUAGGUACUGGGUUCGGAUCCCAGUCGAGGCAUGGGAUUUUUAAUCCAGAUACCGACUCCAAACCCUGAGUGAGUGCUCCGCAAGGCUCUAUGGGUA